AUUGUAUAUCAGAAAGCCGUGGUUCUCGUCUUACUUCAGUCAAAACUGAUGUGACGAAACGAUCGGUGCAGUAGAACGGCUCCCGAGUCAAAAUGAAGUCAUUUAUGAUUUUAGGUAUCCUUUUCCCUUUCGCAGCUACUGUUGGACAAACACACCAGACUGCUUCCGACCAAACAUGGCAUCCGCUCCUGACUCGGGCAGCGGAUGGCACUCUGACAAGGAACACAGCCACUGCCAAAGAUAUGCCUGCUAAUCCUUCUGUGCGCUUUCUCGAAUUCGGUUCGACUGUAAUGGCUCCCGUGAACGACAGAAUGUGCGCGUGCAGAUUAAUUGAGGAGAGCCGCGUGACUGCCCCCUCGGCACAAAGUCCGACAUCGUACACCUUCUCGCCACGAGGUGCCCUAACAUCAACGUCUCCUGUUUUCAGACAGAUAUCACCGAUAUCCGGAUAUGCUGCUAUGCACGCGCCCGUAAUGUUACUGUCCCCAACUGGCCAGAGUGGUAUCUUCUCCCCAUGACUAGACACUAAAGCAUGAGGCAAACCCACCAAAUGCAUAUUUUUCGAAUUCGCUCGAGCAUUGCGGAUAUGUGUUUCUGGCGCUACUGUGUUCUUUGAGCAAAAAGACGUCAAACAAACACCAGGAGCUGCGGUGCAGCAGAACAUGCCCUAUGGGCAGCAUAUAUGGCCUGCCUUGUGAGAAUGAUAAACUAAACCGUCCUUAGGCUCUGAGGACAGCAACGGAACUACCAAAACGACCAGCACGAGUGAGGCAUAUGGCCGACUCGGUGCUACUGCUGCUUGACUUCUCCUGGCCAUCGAGAGAUAGAUGCCGUCAGAUUAAAGAGGAAAGGAAAUAUUCAACGAGGUGAACGCGCUACAUUAUUCUCAUUUCAUGCGCCGGAUGUCAUUAGCGUGCCAUGCACAUGGACGGCAUGAAAAAAACUUUCGUUUUGACCGAACAUAGAACAAUGUAGCC